ACAAAGUCAUCUUAAUACAUGGAUCAUUGCUGCUGUUAGGCGUAAUGUUGAAGAAAUAGACAUAAGUAUUGACAUCUCUCAGUUCCUGUUUCCUCAUUGCCUUUUUACGUGUCAAUCAUUGUCGAAAUUAGAUUUGGUAAACAGAAACGAAACAUGAUUGAAGAUUAAAUUACCUGGUUCAAUUGAUCUGCCUCAGCUCAAAGCUAUGUUUAUUGAUUCACUAGCAUUUGAUGAUGAAAAGUUAACUAAGCAGUUCUUCUCUAGUUGUCCUCUUCUUGAACGAUUAGUCAUAACAAACUGUGAGUUUCCUGAAAUGGAUCUUAACUUUUCGUUUCCUGAACUUUGGGAAUUCGACCUUGUCAAGUGUUCAGGUUCUUCUAAGAAUGGUCGUCAAUCAGUUGAUAGUAAGAUCAUUCUUUGUGUUCCAAAACUACAGCACUUUUUAUCCAAUGAUUACAUGUCGAGAAAUUAUCAUCUAGGCGACAUGCCUUCUCUUGUUGUUGCUGAUCUUUAUAACAACUAUGAGUUGGAUGUGGAUGAUGACGAUGAAGCGCCAGAAAUAGAUACAGAGCUUCCGGCAGGGGUUAAAGAAUUGUAUGUUGAACGUCUCAAUAAGUUUUUUAGAGUUGUUCAUAACGUGGAAGAUCUUACAUUAUCAUGUUUAUCCCUUGAGUUUGCCUCAGCUUCUAUUGGUAGCUUAGAUAUUCAGCCUCUUCAGUUACAUAAUCUGAAAUAUCUGAAGCUGCAUACAAGCCUUUCAAGAAACUCCAUGAAUGCAGUAACAAACUUACUCAAGAUUUCUCCAAACAUUGAAUCAGGUGCUAACAAACUCUUCUCAUUGUUACUUCUUCCCAUUCAGUCCUGAAACUUUGAUAAUGAAUUUUUGUCUUUGUAUUCCAAAAUGGUCACCCAGAAACGCAUCAGUGAGCAUCCAAUGUAUCCAUAUUUUGACGAAGAGAUUAAGGUGCACUCAGCAGAUGUAAAAGAUUAUUGGAAGGUAGGGUUAUCAUUGCCAGCUAUGUUAAAUCACCUUAAAGCUGUUGAGAUCGAAGGUAUCGAAGGACGCAUCAACGAACUCAUGUUUGUGGAACUUUUGCUGAGGAACUCGAUUGUCUUGGAAGAACUGGUUCUUUUCAGCUGUAAUUGUGAGAAAUAUUGUAAAAAACCCUCAGAUGAUAAAGAGAGAAGGAUGAAGAAAUUUAGCAAGAGGCUAUUAAAACUUCCUAAAGCCUUUGCAGGUCUCCUAACGUGAUGGCAGUGACAGUCUACAUAAAACGUUGGCACUUGGUUCAUCCCCGUAUUGGAAAUUAAAGUACCCAUGCACAACUUAUAAAGCACAAAUUAAAAAUGAGAUUCAUAUGAGGUUCACUCUGAAUAUCUCCUGAUCGCAAAUGGAAUUCCAAGUAGACCAGAUGGAGUUUAACCUGUUGUAAACUUACGAGCACAGUUUCAAAUUAGGCUGGAUUGGAAGGGGUAUUCUUAGUUCAGCUAAACAACGGUAUCAGAAUCGAGAGAAAGACUUGGUGUAAGCAUCCGGAUUUGGCAUGAUCCGAAGACGCGAGAAUGGGGCUUCGGAUAUUGCAAAGCCGAAGCCGCCCUUGAUGAUGACGUGGCACAGGCGGGCAGCCAUAAGAAAUGAUAAGCGGUUGUCUAAAUAAACCUCAUUGUAAAAAUACACGUGUACGGCUAAUGACAAGAGUCUUGUCAUAAAUUGAAUUAGCGCUUACGUGUAAGGUAUCCUCUUGUCAGAUUUUGCCUAUAAAA